AGUGACGUCAUCGAACCCCAAGCCCGGCCUUCGCCGCUGACGUCACAGAGGGGCUGCGCUGCGUCACCUCAUUCCUCCCCUGACGUCAGCGCGAGAGGCCAGAAACUGGCCCACCGACAGAGAGAAGUCUGGAGGGGAGCUUUCCUUUGUCGCCUUUUUAAUUUGGUAAGACAUAUAAAGUAUACGUAGAGCGGACUACAACUCCCAAUCGGCCUUGCGUGCCGAGCAUGCGCACAGCCUCCUGCCAGAGACCGCGGAAAACCUUUGGUAUAUUGACGUCCCUUUAGUCGAACCAGGAGGCCGGUUUUCUGAGCGGCAAACCAAUCCCGUCCUCACAAGUCCCACCCCUUUAGUCUUAGCCAGCUGCUUCCCUGCGGGAGUGACGGGCCCCGCUGCCUUUGAGGGUUCAGUUUCUUUUGAUGGACAUUUAUAUCAAUGAAUCAGAUCGCCAGGAAGUCGAGAGGGUGUUGAAAAGCGUGCCUCGCGACCAAUAGUUUAGCGGCAAGGGUUGGCGCCGUCCAAUCACUUCUCCCGGCGCCGCCAAUCACCCGGGGCCCCGCCCCCGAAACGUGACGUAAGUAGGGUGGGUAGCAACAGUUGCCCCGGUGAGGGAAACGGAGGCGCCAUAGCCACGGUAGUCGUGGCGACCAAGCAACCCGGCAACGCGAGUCAACAACAACAACCGCCUGGCCGACCCCCACCCCCACCCCCCCGGCCCGGCCCGGGGACCCCCCAGCACGUCCCGUCCCCUUCCCAACAUCGACUCCGAGACCUCCGAAAAGCCUUUCCGCAGACAGAGGUAGGGAGAAGCGGAGGAAUAAAAAAAAAAAGCCUUAUUUAUUAUCAUUUUCCCCACCGUUGGCAUGGCAACGCAGGCGUAUACUGAGCUCCAGGCAGCCCCGCCACCAUCCCAGCCGCCACAGGCCCCUCCGCAAGCCCAGCCCCAGCCACCACCACCACCCCCAGCGGCGCCCCAGCCCCCUCAGCCGCCCACCACUGCUGCCACCCCUCAGCCCCAGUAUGUCACUGAGCUGCAGAGCCCCCAGCCCCAGGCACAGCCACCGGGCAGCCAGAAGCAGUAUGUGACGGAGCUCCCAGCUGUACCCGCACCCUCGCAGCCGGCCGGUGUGCCCACCCCGUCGCCCGCGCCCCAGCAGUACAUCGUGGUCACUGUCUCCGAAGGUGCCAUGCGGGCUAGUGAGACGGUGUCAGAGGCCAGCCCUGGCUCCACGGCCAGCCAGACCGGCGUCCCUACUCAGGUGGUUCAGCAGGUGCAGGGCACCCAGCAGCGACUGCUGGUCCAGACGAGCGUGCAGGCCAAGCCGGGCCAUGUGUCACCCCUCCAGCUGACCAACAUCCAAGUGCCCCAGCAGGCUCUCCCCACGCAGCGUCUGGUGGUGCAGAGUGCAGCCCCAGGCAGCAAAGGCGGCCAGGUCUCCCUGACGGUCCACGGCACCCAGCAGGUGCACUCACCCCCGGAGCAGUCGCCGGUGCAGGCCACCAGCUCUUCCAGCAAGACAGCCGGGGCCCCCACGGGCACAGUGCCACAGCAGCUGCAGGUCCACGGUGUCCAGCAGAGCGUCCCCGUCACCCAAGAGAGGUCUGUGGUCCAGGCCACUCCACAAGCGCCCAAAGCCGGCCCGGUGCAGCCACUGACCGUGCAGGGCCUCCCGCCAGUCCACGUGGCUCAAGAGAGCUCAGGCAGUCAGUUUCCCGCUAGGAAGGCAGAGCAGCGAGAUCCCCGGCCCACGCCGCCGCCGGAGCCGCCGCCCCGGCCGCCCGCGUGCAGCGGCGAGGCCCAGCAGCUAGGCAGCCCCGAGCUGCCGCCGCCCUAUUACGAGCCGGGCACCGAGCAGUGGGUGGAGCUGGUGGGCGUGCUGCCCCCGCACCUGCUCCUGCCGCAGCAGAAAGUGGUCUUCGAGCCACUGCCCCGGCUCCCGGCCCGAGCCAGCCCCGACCAGAGGGUCAGGAUCCAGAGAAUCCCCCAGGUGCUAGUGUUCGGCACGGCCGCCACGGCCCUCAAAGUGCAGCAGCUCCAGCAGGUGCCCGUCCCACACGUGUACUCCAGCCAGGUGCAGUAUGUGGAGGGCGGUGACGCCAGCUACACGGCCAGUGCCAUCCGUUCCAGCACCUACCCCUACCCCGAGACGCCGCUGUACACACAGACGGCAAGCACCAGCUACUAUGAGGCCGCAGGCACGGCCGCCCAGGUCAGCACCCCCGCCACCUCCCAGGCGGUGGCCAGCAGCGGCUCCAUGCCCAUGUACGUGUCUGGCAGCCAGGUCGUCGCCAGCUCUACCAGCACUGGGGCUGGGGCCAGCAACAGCAAUGGAGGUGGUGGCAGUGGCGGUGGCAGCAGCGGCGGGGGAGGUGGUGGCGGGGGUGGAAGUGGCAGCACCGGAGGCGGCAGCGGCGGAGCAGGCACCUAUGUGAUCCAAGGCGGCUACAUGCUGGGCAGUGCCAGCCAGUCUUACUCCCACACCACCCGUGCCUCGCCAGCCACGGUUCAGUGGCUCUUGGACAACUAUGAGACGGCCGAGGGCGUGAGUCUGCCACGGAGCACCCUCUACUGCCACUACCUUCUGCACUGCCAGGAGCAGAAGCUGGAGCCCGUCAACGCCGCCUCCUUCGGCAAGCUUAUCCGCUCCGUCUUCAUGGGUCUGCGAACCCGCCGUCUGGGCACCAGGGGCAACUCCAAGUACCACUACUAUGGCCUGCGAAUCAAGGCCAGCUCACCCCUGUUGCGGCUGAUGGAGGACCAGCAGCACAUGGCCAUGCGGGGCCAGCCCUUCUCACAGAAGCAGAGGCUCAAGCCUAUCCAGAAGAUGGAAGGCAUGACCAACGGCGUGGCGGUAGGGCAGCAGCAGAGCACAGGGCUGUCGGACAUCAGUGCGCAGGUGCAGCAGUACCAGCAGUUCCUGGAUGCCUCUCGGAGCCUCCCUGACUUCACAGAGCUCGACCUCCAGGGCAAAGUGCUGCCCGAGGGUGUCGGACCUGGGGACAUCAAAGCCUUCCAGGUCCUGUACCGGGAACACUGUGAGGCCAUCGUCGAUGUCAUGGUGAACCUGCAGUUCACCCUGGUGGAGACGCUGUGGAAGACCUUCUGGAGGUACAACCUCAGCCAGCCCAGCGAGGCGCCGCCACUGGCCGUGCAUGACGAGGCCGAGAAGCGGCUGCCCAAAGCCAUCCUGGUGCUCCUCUCCAAGUUUGAGCCCGUGCUCCAGUGGACCAAGCACUGUGACAACGUGCUGUACCAGGGCCUGGUGGAAAUUCUCAUCCCCGACGUGCUGCGGCCCAUCCCCAGUGCCUUGACCCAAGCAAUCCGGAACUUUGCCAAGAGCCUGGAGAGCUGGCUCACCCACGCCAUGGUCAACAUCCCCGAGGAGAUGCUGCGGGUGAAGGUGGCCGCGGCCGGCGCCUUCGCGCAGACACUGCGGCGCUACACGUCUCUCAACCACCUGGCGCAGGCAGCGCGCGCUGUGCUGCAGAACACCGCGCAGAUCAAUCAGAUGCUGAGCGACCUCAACCGCGUGGACUUCGCCAACGUGCAGGAACAGGCCUCCUGGGUGUGCCGCUGCGAGGACCGCGUGGUGCAGCGGCUGGAGCAGGACUUCAAGGUGACGCUGCAGCAGCAGAACUCGCUGGAGCAGUGGGCGGCCUGGCUGGACGGUGUGGUGAGCCAGGUGCUCAAGCCCUACCAGGGCAGCGCCGGCUUCCCCAAGGCCGCCAAACUCUUCCUCCUCAAGUGGUCCUUCUACAGCUCCAUGGUGAUACGGGACCUGACCCUGCGCAGCGCGGCCAGCUUCGGCUCCUUCCACCUCAUCCGGCUGCUUUACGACGAGUACAUGUACUACCUGAUCGAGCACCGUGUAGCCCAGGCCAAGGGCGAAACCCCCAUCGCCGUCAUGGGCGAGUUCGCCAAUCUGGCCACCUCCCUGAAUCCCCUGGACCCCGACAAAGACGAGGAGGAGGAAGAGGAGGAGGAGAGCGAGGAUGAGCUGCCGCAGGACAUCUCGCUGGCAGCCGGUAGCGAGUCUCCCGCGCUGGGCCCAGAGGCCCUGGAGCCUCCGGCUAAGCUGGCGCGGACUGACGCGCGUGGCCUCUUCGUGCAGGCGCUGCCAUCCAGCUAAGCCCUUGGCCUCCCCAUCCUACCUGCCCCCGUCACCCCUCCACACCAGGGUCCCUCACAGCUUCUGUGGCUUCGUGGUCACCGCUCCAGCCUCUGCCAGGGCAGGGAGGGGGCCUCCGAGACAGGGAAGGUCGGGGGAGGGCCCCCCUCCCCCAUGGGGCCGGCACAAUCAGCGGGCUGGGCGGAGCCGCAGCUGCAAACUCUUGACACAAAAGACGUGCCUUAAGGAACCCGCCGCGUGCCCAGGUGUCCCGCAGGGCAUCCACCUCGGCCCCUUGCCCCCCUACCCCACCGCAGGCCGGCCCCUUGCCCCCCUACCCCACCGCAGGCCGCAGCAUCUUCCCCCCAGCCCCGUCCUCCCGUCACCCCAGGGGGCAGGCAGGCAGGCCCCCUCCAGUGCAAAACUGUUAACUUAUUCAGCUCGCUGGCUUUGCACAGCCUGUCCUGGGCCCAGCCCUGAGCCUCGGGCCGGCGCAGGUGGGCGUCACUUGGGGACACCCCCACUGUCAGCAGCAACCCCGGUACCCCCUACCCCCCGCAACCCCACUGCUUCCCCUUCUUGGUAUUAAGUGCAAUUAAAGCCGUGGGUGUCGCAUCUUCUCCAGCGCUGGGCCCUCCCUUGCCCCCAAGCCCGAGAAGGGGGCAUUGCUCGGCCUGGCUGGGAGGGGGGCGGCAGGGGGCAUGGCCUCCAGCUUCCAAAGAGCCACGGGGCCGGGGAAUGCCCGCACACCACAGCCCCUGCGCCCCGCUAUCCGCCGCUGGUUUGUAAUGGAACCUUCUCUGUGCUAUGUUCCCGGAGACCGUGCUCCUCCAUGCCGUGCACCCCCUGCCCCCAUGACUAUUGUGCGAUUUGUGAGCGCCGCCCAAGCGGAGUUGGUAACUUGUUGGGUUUUUUUCCAACCAUCAUGGCCUUAUCUGUUCCAGUUUUCUCAGUGUUUUCAACCUGUGAGAUAAAUGUUUAUGGCAAGAAAAAGGAAAAAAAAGGCAAUCUGACCUAUUGUAUAAAAAUCACUAUUUUGUGUGCUCCGCGUGCUACAGCUUUUGGGGCGGCCCUGCCCAGUCCCCGCGCCCACGGGCUCCCCCUCCCGGCAGUGAGUGUCCACGUGUGUGGUAGUCUAGUGUGCCGAGCUGUUUUCUACCUUUUUGUAGUCUUUCUUAAACAAUAAAUUCCGCUGUGGUAUUUGUCUA